GACAGUGGAACCUUCCCCUGGAGAAAAAAUAGAGAGUGAGGAGCCAGAAGACGAAAGAGAGAGAAUGAGAGUGAGAGGAGCACACACAGAAGAAAAAAUGUGGAGAUGUGGUACUUGUCACUGAAAGAUACUGAGAGGAGCUACAAGAACUACGUCUAGAAUUUGGACAACGUAACUAAAAGACGCAACAUCGAUCAAGGGAAUGGAUUUUUUAACAUCAGAGAAGGAAUGAAAGAAGGCAAACUAGGGAAACUGGGCCACGCUUACCCAUCCAUCCUUUUGCCUGUCAGUCCCAUUUGCCUUGUUCCUUUUCCUCCUUUCUUCCAUCUGUUUCACCACCUUAAAAGGCUGGGAACUGAUGGGUGCAGGUGCACUCUCAAAACAGAUGUGUUAAAAACAACACAGUUACAACGCAUUUAAUGUUACUUUUAACACAGCCAGUGUAUGUUAAGAUGUGUUGUAUUGACACAGUUUGUGUGAGAGGUAUGCUGUGUUCUUGCAGCCUGACACAAAAUGUGUUAAAAUAGCAAUAGCACAAAAAACGUGGUGUUAACUAACACACUGUUUUGAGACUUUGGCAUCAUGCCAGCUGCAGUGAAGACAUCUCUGGACGGUGUGAUGUCGGACUCAGGGGAGCUGGAACGGUCUGUACCCCCUUGCUUAGGGAAGGUGCCCAGAGAACUGGUCAGAAACUUCCCACACACUAAACGUGUGGGUAGCUACCUGGUGGGCAAGAUGAUCAACAAAGGUUCAUUUGCCAAGGUGAUGGAAGGAAUGCAUAUUAGCACGGGGGAGAAGGUAGCGAUUAAAGUCAUCGACAAGAAGAAAGCACGGCAGGACUCAUACGUGUUGAAGAAUAUGAAGCGUGAGCCGAGAAUCCACCAGAUGAUCCGUCACCCCAACAUUGUCCUGCUGCUGGAGACACUGGAGACUGAGAACUGUUAUUACAUGGCCAUGGAGCUGUGCUCUGGGGGGGAUCUGAUGGAUAGAAUCUGCGAACGCAAACGUCUGGAGGAGAGAGAGGUCCGCAGAUACACACGCCAGAUACUGUCUGCUGUGGACCAUCUACAUACACACGGCAUAGUGCACAGGGACCUGAAGAUUGAGAACUUCCUUCUGGAUGAACACAACAACAUUAAGAUUGUUGAUUUUGGUCUGAGUAACACUCUGAAGGUGGAUUCUCUCUCCCCGGAGCUGCUGAACACUCAGUGUGGAAGCCCAGCAUACGCUGCCCCUGAGCUGCUGGCCCACAGAAAGUACGGCCCUAAAGUGGAUGUAUGGUCUGUGGGCGUGAGUAUGUUUGCCAUGCUGACCGGCACACUGCCCUUCACAGUGGAGCCCUUCAACAUAAAACAGCUUUAUCAAAAAAUGGUUAAUGGAGAAAUCAGCACUAUUCCAUCUGACAUCAGUAAAGGGGCCAUACAGUUUGUUUUGUCCCUGUUGGAGCCAGACCCAGUGAAAAGGCCAACAGUGAAAGCAGCUAUGGAGGAGAAAUGGCUCAGUGAGGGCUAUGCCAAGAGACCACUACACACUGUGGUUUAUAAGAACAGGUUGCGUCCUGAAGAUCUCAACUCAUCAGUACUAAACUACAUGACUGAGUCUCUUGGCUUUGGUCUCUCAGACGUCAUCCACACUGUGAUCAACAACAAACCCUCUGCCAUCUUAGCUACCUACCAACUACUGCUGAAAAAACUGAUCAGGCACCAGAAAGGAGCCAAGGCCAUGAAGAGAGUGGAAACCAGUGAGUGGAACCAAAAUAAGCCUGUGUGGAAAGAGAGGAACAACACCCCAGCAAAGACUCAGCAACAGGGCGAAACUACCAGUGACAGCCAGAGACAGUCUAGUAAAACUCACCAGAUCCAGUCACAAGAUAGAGAUUCCCUCAGUGGCAGAAGGAGACCAGAGGAGGCCAUCAGACAAAAGCAGCCGAGCUCAGAGCACCGAGCAUCUUCCCCAUCCACUCCACGAGCAGACACGUUAAAUGAUGAUGGCUUUGCAAUCACCACAGACACAAAAGACGGGCUGUUUCCUGAAGUCUCUGUGUUUGGUGAAAGGGAGCUUGUCCAUGCUUCGCCCCCAAAAUGCUCUUGCGGGGAAGGGAGUGGCUCAAAGCUGUGUGACUCCACCCCCUGUGAUGUUCCAGUAACUAUGGAAAAUAAAAAGGACUCCCAGUCCACCAAACCACCACCAAAACCUCAUGAAUUGAGAGCCACACACUCUGAAAACUAUUCAGAGGAAGAACUAACACAUCACCAUGACGACAAGCUGGAGAAGUUACAGACGUUCUACUCAGAAAAAGGCGUGUCACCCAGAACACACUUGGAGAGUAGAGCAGGUCAGCGGUUUAAGGACCUCCUGUUGGCCAUAGAGGAAAAGACCCACCCUGCCCGUCACCUAAGCGUCGCAGAAACCACAGCACAAACCUCUCCGUUACCACGACUACGUCAUGGAACUGUGUCGCCAAGGAAAGUGACUUGGGUGGGGCUUAAACAUCAAGCUGGGACAAGCACAGGCUCCUCCCCCUUUCUGAUCAAUGGUUCGAAGCCACCCGUGUUUCCAUCCCAAAGGCAGCAGGCUCUGGUCAUCAAGACCCUGAGGCAUGCAAAAGAAAAGAGGAACGCAGGAGGAGCAGCGAUUAGUGUCCCGGGAAACACAGUGAAAAGGAACUCUGUGCAGUUGCGGACGUUCAUCCAGCACAGAGACACAGACUUAAACCUGCCCAUGCUGCCCUCCACAUUCCACAGCAAGACUGACAAGAAAACAGAAAUACUCCGAAUGGACUUUGGUUGACAGAGGGAUAGAGGGAGAGGGGAAGACAGAGAGAGAGACUAAAAAUCAAGUGACCUCCAUGUUAAUUCACAGAUUAAAUUCUGGUGACAAAUGUAUCAAUAUGCAUUUUUCAGGACAUAAGUUUUUUGGCCCCCCCAAAAUUAAAAGUACUUUUGUACUCUAGGAGUAUGUUUAUUUGAUGCUGGGUUAAUAUUUCACAAUAUCUGUGUUUUAUUUAUUUUACUGUAACCCUAUUUUACUGUAACCCUACAGAAAUAAGUGUUAUAUUUUUCUGUAAUGUUAGCUCAUGUGGAUC